AUGCCGCAUGGGAUGGAGUACCUAUGGUGCUAUGUAUGGAUGUGGUAUAUGGAGGGUACGGAUACCUCUGGAGUCACCAUCAUCCAGGCACACAAACAAAUAGCAGCCUCGACGACAAGUAGGAACCUCGACCACACGUCUACGUCCCCCGUCUCCGUCUUCGUCUUCCUCCGCAACAUCGACGACAUCCCAUCGUCGAUAGCCUCACUCUCUCCCGACUACACCCGCAACACCGCAACCACGGCUUCUCCAGCGAUCGCCACCAUGGGUUCCCCGAGUGGAGCCCUCCGCCCCCGAGCAUCGUCAAACUUCAUGGGCAUCUCAGCAACAGGAUUCCCGCCAUCAAUGACGCCUCAGGAAAAGCACCUCUUCUCCGACCGCGUCAACUCGGCGACAACCCGCCUCUCCAGCACAAUGGCCGCCAGCGAAACCGACACCGGCUACAUGUUCGUCGUCUACUUCCACAAGAACACCGCCGCCGACGCCCUCUCCCUGCUACAGGCCGCUGACAUCCGAGUCAGGGGCCACCCGAUCCAGUUUUCCUGGCACUGA